AUGGUACGAAAUAUUGAAAUAAAAAUCUAUCUAUCUACCUAUCAUUUUCAAUCUGUUCAUAUCUAUCGAUCUAUCUAUCUGUAUAUCUAUCUACCUUUCAUUUUCAAUCUGUUCAUAUCUAUCUAUUUAUCUCUUUCAAUCUGUACAUUAUCUAUCUAUCUAUCUAUCUAUCUAUCUCUUUCAAUCUGUACAUAUCUAUCUAUCUCUUUCAAUCUGUACAUAUCUAUAUAUCUAUCUCUUUCAAUCUGUACAUUAUCUAUCUAUCUAUUUCAAUCUGUACAUUAUCUAUCUAUCUAUCUAUCUAUUUCAAUCUGUACAUUAUCUAUCUAUCUAUCUAUCUCUUUCAAUCUGUACAUAUCUCUUUCAAUCUGUACAUAUCUAUCUAUCUAUCUCUUUCAAUCUGUACAUUAUCUAUCUAUCUAUUUCAAUCUGUACAUUAUCUAUCUAUCUAUCUAUCUAUCUAUUUCAAUCUGUACAUAUCUAUCUAUCAUCUCUUUCAAUCUGUACAUAUAUCUAUCUAUCUCUUUCAAUCUGUACAUUAUCUAUCUAUCUAUUUCAAUCUGUACAUUAUCUAUCUAUCUAUCUAUCUAUCUAUCUAUCUAUCUAUCUAUCUAUCUAUCUCUUUCAAUCUGCUUCGGAACCCUGUCUGUAAAAAGACCGUUACUCAACGUGCCGGGCAACUUUGGGUGGACUUUUGGACCCGUGCGUCACUCAACCAUUUAUUCUUUCUUUUUUCCUUUCUUUCUUUUCAUUCAUAAUGAUCCAUUUUUUCUUUCUUUUCUCAAGCUUGCUUGCUUUCUUUCUUUCUUUCUCCUUAGAAUUAUCUUUUGCUUUUCUUUAAUUUUUCCUUUUACCAUCUCUUUUUACAGGCUUUUCCUUCUUUCUUUCUUUCUCCCUUUAUUUUUCCUUCCUGUUUCUACCUAUUAUUAUUUCCUUUCUUUCUUUCUUUCUUUUCUUUCUUUACGUUUUCUUUCUUUCUUUCUUUCUUUCUUUCUUUCUUUCAUUAGUUUUUUCGUUUUCUUUCUUUCUUUCUUUCUUUCUUUCUUACAUUCAUUCAUAAUUAUCGUUCGUUUUUCCUUUCUUUUUUUAGUUUUUAAUAUUCUUUUUUUUUCCUUGAGAAAUAUACUUCAAUUAUAUAUUUUUUUCUGUUUUUUUAUUCCCUUUAGAGUUUCCUUCAUUUUUCUUCCAUUCAUUCGUUUCAUUUAUAAUUGUUCUUUGUUUUUUCUUAAUUAUUUCAUCUCCCAUAUCUUUCUUUCUUUCUUUCUAUUUUCAUUUGUGAUUGUUCUUUGUUUUCCUUUUCCUAAUUUUUCAUCUUCCAUAUCUUUCUUUAUUGCAUUCUUUCUUUCUUUCUAA